ACACAAACUCUCUGUGCUCAGUCUCAAGACACAAAACUGUGCUGAGUCUCGGGACACAAAACUGUGCUCAGUCUCAGGACACAAAACUGUGCUCAGAGUCUCAGGACACAAAACUGUGCUCAGUCUCAGGACACAAAACUGUGCUCAGUCUCAAGACACAAAACUGUGCUCAGUCUCAGGACACAAAACUGUGCUGUACGAGUCUCAGGACACAAAACUGUGCUCAGUCUCAGGACACAAAACUGUGCUCAGUCUCAGGACACAAAACUGUGCUCAGUCUCAAGACACAAAACUGUGCUCAGUCUCAGGACACAAAACUGUGCUGUACGAGUCUCAGGACACAAAACUGUGCUCAGUCUCAGGACACAAAACUGUGCUCAGUCUCAGGACACAAAACUGUGCUCAGUCUCAAGACACAAAACUGUGCUCAGUCUCAGGACACAAAACUGUGCUGUACGAGUCUCAGGACACAAAACUGUGCUCAGUCUCAGGACACAAAACUGUGCUCAGUCUCAGGACACAAAACUGUGCUCAGUCUCAAGACACAAAACUGUGCUCAGUCUCAGGACACAAAACUGUGCUGUACGAGUCUCAGGACACAAAACUGUGCUCAGUCUCAGGACACAAAACUGUGCUCAGUCUCAGGACACAAAACUGUGCUCAGUCUCAAGACACAAAACUGUGCUCAGUCUCAGGACACAAAACUGUGCUGUACGAGUCUCAGGACACAAAACUGUGCUCAGUCUCAGGACACAAAACUGUGCUCAGUCUCAGGACACAAAACUGUGCUCAGUCUCAAGACACAAAACUGUGCUCAGUCUCAGGACACAAAACUGUGCUGUACGA